AGAAACCGAUAACCGCAAGCUAGCAACCGAAAACGUAUGCAAAUUGUAUGAGGCUUGUUUAACUAACGACUCGGCGUUUUCAGUUUGGAUGGGGGGUGGGGAAGGCGACCCUGGGCUAUGUUCCCUCUAAAUCGGUUUAUGUUUAACUUACUCGAACGGGAGAUUAAAUAAAUUACCAUAGUAUUUUACGCGCCCCCCUCAAAGCUUCCCCGCUUGUCGCUAUAAACACACACCGCGAGAAACAAUUCACUCAAAACCGGGGACGCAUUGGCGGCAGAUAACGUUAAGACCACUUGUUUAGGCGUCCCGUGCUGUGGGUUUUUACAACUGCUGUUUUAAGUGCUUUUUAGACAGUCAUGUGAUUGUAACGUAACCCGACCGGAAAACAACCGACGACCAUCGCCGCCAAUGCUGCGUUUGAGAGGAACAGAGCAGCUGCCAGCCCAACGGACAAGUCCCCCGGUUACAACAACAACAACACGGCUAACUCACGGAUUGACGCCGCGUAAGAAGAAUGGAGCAGGCCACUCACGGUCUGAUCCUGCUGCAGCAGCUCAACACCCAGAGAGAGUUUGGCUUCCUGUGCGACUGCACGGUUGCCAUCGGAGACGUCUUCUUCAAAGCGCACAAGGCCGUGCUGGCCGCCUUCUCCAACUACUUCAGGAUGCUCUUUAUUCACCAGGACAGUGACUGCGUGCGGUUAAAGCCAGGGGAUAUCCAGCCCGACAUCUUCAGCUACCUCCUGAACCUGAUGUACACGGGCCGUCUGUCGGCGCAGCUCAUCGACCCGGCGAGGCUGGAGCAGGGCGUCAAGUUCCUGCACGCCUACCCGCUGCUCCAGGAGGCCAGCGUGGGCAGCGCCAACGCCAGCGCCACCCCCGCCCCCGCGCCCGAGCCCUCGCUGCCCACCGCCGCCAUCGCCACCUCCCUCUACGGCAUCCAGAUCUCCGACCAGCAGGAGGGGGCGCCGGCGAGCACGUGCCUCUCCCCCCCGUCUGACCCCGAGGGCAGGAGCGGGCCGGGCUGGGCCAUCAGACCCAGAGCGUCGGAGGAGGCGGCGCUGGUGUCAGACAUGGAGCUGGACGCCUACAGCAGCGGAGUCCACGAGAGAGAGGAGGUGGGGGGGGGUCUGGACACGGAGUUCAGCGAGGCCCCUUCGUCCUCGUCCUCCUCCUCUGCUAACGCUAACGCUAACGCUCACACCAUCCUGCACGUGAAGCCCAGCAUCAUGCAGCACCACCGCGGCAGCAGCGGAUCCUUCCGGAAGCAGCACUCGUGCCACGUGUGUGGCGCCCGCUUCCUGCAGCGCUCGGCCCUGCGCGAGCACCUCCUCCUGCACACGCAGGCGCUGCUCCCCCUGCUGGGGGACGGCGGGGGUGCGGCCGCGGCGGCUCCCAUGAUGCCGGGCGGCAUGGCCACGCCCCAGAUAGAGGAGCUGCUCCGAGGCGGCGGGGUUGCCAUGGCGGCGGCGGCGGCGGGCGUGGCCUCGGACGGGGGGGAGCGGCAGCCCGCGGCGAUGUCGUCCGCCUCGGAGAUCCCGUUCUCCAUCUUCGCGGCGAGCGGCUCGUGCGUGGGCCAGCCGCAGGCAGACACGCCCCCGCCGUCCGACAUCGCCGACAUCGACCACCUGGAGGGCGGCGCGGGCGACGGAGCGGAGGAGCGCGAGGUGAAGCGGCGUAAGUACGAGUGUGCCACCUGCGGGCGCAAGUUCAUCCAGAAGAGCCACUGGCGCGAGCACAUGUACAUCCACACGGGCAAGCCCUACCGCUGCAGCGCCUGCGGCAAGAGCUUCUGCCGCGCCAACCAGGCCGCCCGCCACGUCUGCCUGGGCACGCCCGACGCCGAGCGCCCGGGCCUCCACCUCUGUGCCCCCGACGACAGCAGCAGCAGCAGCCAGCAGGAGGCGAUGUUCCUGGGCAGCGCCCGCCAGCCGUACCGCUGCAACGUGUGCCACGCCACCUUCUCCAGCCCGCAGCAGGUGCUCAAACACCUGUGCUUCACCCAGGGGCACUACUCUCCCAGCGCCCGCGCCACCCGUGCCACCCACGCCCACGCCAACGCCCAGGCCGACAGGGAGGGGGGCAGGGACGAGGGCUCCGACUCGUCUAGCGGAAGCAGAGACGACGGGUCUUUGAUACGGACCAUCAAGACCGAGGAGGUUCUGGGCGACUAGACCAUCAAGACCUGAGGAGGUUCUGGGCCAGUAGACCCACAUGAGUCCACAAACAAACGUUCAAUCUGUUUAUUUUACUUGUUGUUGUUUAUUUUUACUUGUUGUUAGUGUUACUAAAUUAUGGUCAGUAGUUGAAGCUAUGGUAAAGCCUAAAAAACAUUUAAAAUAGGAUGUGUGUGUGUGGGAGGGGAUGUGUGUAUGUGUGUGUGUGUGUGUGAGGGGAUGUGUGU